AUGACCGAACACAACAAACAAGACGUAGGGGACAAGGUUUCACAGCCUGCCUUACCUCUUUCCACGCCAGCACAAUCCCAGACUGCCGUUGUCGAGCACGAGCCAAGCGGCAGUCCUCAACGUCCAUCUUAUUCCCCUGUUACGCCGACAUUAUCCCAUACCAGCUUGGCCUCCCACGAUGCAGUAGGAGACCUACCACCUGCACAAUGGAUGGACGAACCACCAGAACCUCUUCCAGUCAGCUUAGACGAUAACCCAGACGCAAUGGCCUUGCGAGCCGCCUUGUCUAUCCUCCAAAUCCAGCGGCAGCAGGCUUUACGGGAUAUGCAAGAGUUGGACAGGAUGAAACAGGCCGCUUUAGACAACCCCGAACAAUUUAUCAAAGAGCUUCAGGCGGGAAAACUCAGCCGCUCGCCCCGGUCUGGCGUAGAAGUUGACGAGCCAGACUCUAUGGCAGCCGAGGACGUCGAAACCCAGGCGUCCAAAUUUGGCCGCUUCCCACCCGCUCAAAACAUCGUACGCACCCCCCCUGUGGAGUGGGCAAAAUACCACAUCGUUGGCGAGCCGUUAGAUCGAAUACACAAGAGGCAGCAACAAUAUCCAGGAGCUACCGACGAAGCACUCGAAGCUCCGGAUCCCGUUCAGCCUCACUCGAUUGCAACUCCGUACCGUCCUUUCGUGGAUAAGCUGAGCCAGGCACGAGGUCCGUCUAAUUCUCGUAAUUCGGGAUCAUGA